AUGCCAGGCUACAGGCCAAAUUCACGCUUACCAGUGGUUCAUAAACGGAGUUGCCCCAAUGGCCCAGAUAUUGCCACAAUUGACCAUAUAAGCGAUCAGUUCGCAACGGGGAUAAAUGUUACCUUGAGCUGUGUUGCUGAUUCUAACCCACCAGCACAAUUCAUUUGGUUACAGAAUGGACAAGCUGUCAGCAACUCAGCCUCAUUUUCUAUUAUUACAUCCCUGUAUCAUAUCGGAAACUAUACCUGUAUUGCAACUAACUCAUUUACUGGCUUGACGCGCACUGCAAACAAGACUCUUAUGAUCUAUGCGCCACUGCCCAAACCUACCAUUGUCACCUCCAACAAUACUGCAGUGGAGACCAAGGACUUCUCAAUGACAUGCAAGGCUAAGGGUCAAAUUCACACUUACCGGUGGCUCAUAAAUGGACUUGCCCCAGGUGGUAACAGGAUACAGCUGUCCCAGGAUAAGAGGAUACUCACUAUCCGCAGUCUCACAAGAAGGGAAAACAAAGGACCCUAUGUGUGUGAAAUCCAGAACCCAUUGUUUAGGAAUAGGAGUGAUCCAUUCACACUGAAUGUUGCCUAUGGCCCAGAUAAUGCCACGAUUGUUCAUACAGUCAAUGAGUACCCUGUUGGGGCAAAUAUUACCUUGAGCUGUUCUGCUAAUUCUAACCCAGCAGCACAAUUCACUUGGUUACAGAAUGGACAAUCUGUCAGCAACUCAGCUACAUUUUCUUUUAUUGCAACCCUGAAUCAUGCUGGAACCUAUACUUGUAGUGCAUCUAACUCAUUCACUGGAUUGACGCGCACCGCAACCAAGAAUCUUAUAAUCUAUGCUCCUCUGUCCAAACCUACCAUUCUCACCUCCAACAUUACUGCAGUGGAGACCAAGGACUUCUCAUUCACAUGCCAGGGUAUAGGUCAAAUUCAUGCUUACUGGUGGCUCAUAAACGGAGUUGCCCCAGCUGGUGGCAGGAUACAGCUGUCCCCGGAUAAAAGGACACUCACUAUCCGCAGCCUCACAAGAAGGGAAAACAAAGGACCCUAUGUGUGUGGAAUCGAGAACCCAUUGUUUAGCAAUAGGAGUGAUCCAUUCACACUGGAUGUUGCUUAUGGCCCAGAUAUCGCCACAAUUGUUCAUACACCGGAUGUGUACCCUACUGGGGCAAAUAUUACUUUGAGCUGUUCUGCUACAUCAAACCCACCAGUCCAAUUCACUUGGUUACAGAAUGGACAACCAGUCAGCAACUCAGCCACAUUUUCUUUUAUUGCAUCCCUGAAUCAUGCUGGAACCUAUACCUGUACUGCAUCUAACUCAUUCACUGGAUUGACGCGCAACGCAACCAAGAAUCUCAUAAUCUAUGCGCCACUGUCCAAACCUACCAUUGUCACCUCCAACAUUAUUGCAGUGGAGACCAAGGACUUAUCAAUGACAUGCCAGGCUACAGGUCAAAUUCACGCUUACCGGUGGUUCAUAAAUGGAGUUGCCCCAGCUGGUAGCAGGAUACAGCUGUCCCCGGAUAAGAAGAUACUCACUAUCCCCAAUCUCACAAGAAGGGAUAACAAAGGGCCAUAUGUGUGUGAAAUCAAGAACCCAUUGUUUAGCAAUAGGAGUGAUCCAUUCACACUGGAUGUUGCCUAUGGCCCAGAUAUCGCCAUGAUUGUCCGUACACAGGAUGUGUACCCUACUGGGGCAAAUAUUACCUUGAGCUGUUCUGCUAUUUCUAACCCACCAGUACAAUUCACUUGGUUACAGAAUGGACAACCAGUCAGCAACUCAGCCACAUUUUCUUUUAUUGCAUCCCUGAAUCAUGCUGGAACCUAUACCUGUAUUGCAUCUAACUCAUUCACUGGCUUGGCACGCACUGCAAACAAGACUCUUAUAAUCUAUGCGCCACUGUCCAAACCCACCAUUCUCACCUCCAACAGGACUGCAGUGGAGACCAAGGACUUCUCAUUGACAUGCCAGGGUACAGGUCAAAUUCACGCUUACCGGUGGUUCAUAAAUGGACUUGCCCCAUCUGGUAGCAGGAUACAGCUGUCCCCGGAUAAGAAGAUACUCACUAUCGGCAAUCUUACAAGAAGGGAAAACAAAGGACCCUAUGUGUGUGAAAUUGAGAACCCAUUGUUUAGAAAUAGGAGUGAUCCAUUCACACUGAAUGUUACCUAUGGCCCAGAUUUUGCCACGAUUGCCCAUUCAGUAGAUGAGUACCCUAUUGGAGCAAAUAUUACCUUGAGCUGUUCUGCUGUUUCUAAUCCACCAGUCCAAUUCACUUGGUUGCACAACGGACAACCAGUCAGCAACUCAGCCACAUUUUCAUUUAUUGCAUCCAUGACUCUUUCUGGAACUUAUACCUGUAAUGCAGCCAACUCAUUGACUGGCUUGACACGCUCCGCAACCAAGAAUGUUAUAAUCUAUGCGCCACUGUCCAAACCUACCAUUGUCACCUCCAACAUUACUGCAGUGGAGACCAAGGACUUCUCAUUCACAUGCCAGGCUACAGGUCAAAUUCACACUUACCGGUGGUUCAUAAAUGGACUUGCCCCAUCUGGUAGCAGGAUACAGCUGUCCCCGGAUAAGAGGACACUCACUAUCCGCAAUCUCAUAAGAAUGGAAAACAAAGGACCCUAUGAGUGUGAAAUCCAGAACCCAUUUUAUAGUAAUAGGAGUGAUCCAUUCACACUGGACGUUGCCUAUGGACCAGAUACUGCCACGAUUGUCCGUACAGUUGAUGAGUACCCUAUUGGGGCAAAUAUUACCUUGAGCUGUUCUUCUAAACCAAACCCACCAGUCCAAUUCACUUGGUUACACAAUGGGCAACCUGUCAGCAACUCUGCCACAUUUUCUUUUACUGCAUCCCUGAGUCUUGCUGGAACUUAUACCUGUAGUGCGGCCAACUCAUUCACUGGUUUGACGCGCACCGCAACCAAGAAUGUUAUAAUCUAUGCGCCUCUGUCCACACCUAUCAUUGUCACCUCCAACAAUACUGCAGUGGAGACCAAGGACUUCUCAUUCACAUGCCAGGCUACAGGUCAAAUUCACACUUACAGGUGGUUCAUAAACGGACUUGCCCCAGCUGGUAGCAGGAUACAACUGUCCCCGGAUAAGAGCACACUCACUAUCCGCAGGCUCACAAGAAGGGAAAACAAAGGACCCUAUGUGUGUGAAGUCAAGAACCCAUUUUAUAGCAAUAGGAGUGAUCCAUUCACACUGGACGUUACCUAUGGCCCAGAUACCGCCACGAUUGUCCAUACAGUUGACGAGUACCCUAUUGGGGCAAAUAUUACCUUGAGCUGUUCUGCUACAUCAAACCCACCAGUCCAAUUCACUUGGUUACAGAAUGGACAACCUGUCAGCAACUCAGCCACAUUUUCUUUUAUUGCAUCCCUGAGUCUUGCUGGAACUUAUACCUGUAGUGCGGCCAACUCAUUCACUGGCUUGACGCGCACCGCAACCAAGAAUGUUAUAAUCUAUGCGCCAACGUCCAAACCUACCAUCAUCACCUCCAACAUUGCCCCAGUGGAGAACAAGGACUUCUCAAUGACAUGUCUGGCUACGGGUCAAAAUCACACUUACCGGUGGUUCAUAAACAAUCGUGCCCCAUCUGGUAGCAGGCUACAACUGUCCCCGGAUAAGAGGACAUUCACUAUCCGCAGUGUCACAAGAAGGGAAAACAAAGGGCCGUAUGUGUGUGAAAUCAAGAACUCAUUUUAUAGCAAUAGGAGUGAUCCCUUAACACUGAAUGUUACCUAUGGACCAGAUACCCCCGUAAUCGUCCCUACAAUUGAUGCGUACCCUAUUGGGGCAAAUAUUACAUUGCUUUGUUCUGCUGUAUCUAACCCACCAGCCCAAUUUAAUUGGUUAUACAAUGGACAACAGGUCAGCAACUCAGCCACAUUCUCUACUAUAACAUUCCUGAGUCAGUCUGGAACCUAUACCUGUCAUGCAUCUAAUUCAUUCACUGGCUUGCAGGCCACCAAAGACAUGAAUAUUACAAUCUAUGGGCCACUGUCCAGACCUAUCAUCAACAGCCCCAACAGGAUCCCAGUGGAGAACAUUGACACUGUCUCAUUGACCUGCAACGCUACGGGUCAAGUUCGCACUUACCAGUGGUUCAUAAACAAUCGUGCCCCAACUGAUAACAGGAUACAGCUGACCAGAGAUAAGAGGACACUCACUGUAGGCAGUCUCACAAGGGAACAUGAAGGAUCCUAUGUGUGUGAAAUCAAGAACCCAUUUUAUAGCAAUAGGAGUGAUCCAUUCACACUGAAUGUUUACUAUGGGCCAGAUAAUGCCAUAAUUCUACCUAAAGUCGAUAGGUACCUUGUUGGGACAAAUAUUACCCUGAGCUGUUCUGCUAAAUCUAAACCACCUGCCAAAUUCAUUUGGUUUCAUAAAGGAAAAAAAUGGAGGCCCUCAGCGAAACUCUCUCUUACUAAUGUGUCCCUGAAGCAUGCUGGAACCUAUAUCUGUCAGGCAUUUAACUCACAUACUGGCUUGAAUAGCAUCAAAGACAAGAAUCUUACAAUCUAUGUCGAAGAAAAGAAUUUUACAGACUCUGAAGAAAAGAACGUUAAAAUCAAUGCUGAGUUUACAAUGUAUGAGAACCUGUUGAGUCCCAGCAAAAUCAACAACACUGGUUUUGUCAUAGAGAAUGGCACCGCGAUCUUGACGUGCAACACAGAGGGUUACGAUUUACCAGAUAUUUGGUGGUACUACAAGAAUAAGAGAAUGGUCCUCAAUGACAGGAUGACUCUCUCUAACUUUGACCAGACCCUCACCAUAACGCCUGCAAAGAGAGAAGACAGUGGAGCCUAUCGUUGUGAAAUAUGGGAUCCAUUCCUUGUCUAUAGAAGUCCCUUAUUCAACCUGGUUGUCUGCUAUGGACCAGAGAAAAUCAAGAUUUUUCCAAACUCUGUUAAUGGACAGAUUGAGGUCACAUUAAAGGAGAAUCUGACUUUAGGGUGUCAGGCUACUUCUGAACCACCGGCCCAGUAUACAUGGCAAAUCAAUGGUUCUUCUAUAGCUGUAAAUUCAGGAAAUAAUUACACGAUCUACCGAGCAUCUUGGGAUCAUGCAGGAACAUAUACGUGUAUAGCAAUAAACGACGUGGUAAAUGCAACAAUCUCUAAAAACAUCAGAGUCAGGGUGAUUGAAAAGGAGGCUCAUACACUCUCUGGAGGGGCCAUUAUUGGCCUUGUGAUUGGAUUCCUGGCUGUAGUGGUUCUCAUCGGGGCUCUCGUCUAUUUCCUGUUCAUCAGAACAUCUUCAGGACCCCAAUAUUUCUAUCAAUAGCACCAGCAACAUCAUAGACAAUGGCACCGCGGCCUUGACGCACAACACAGAGAAUGAAUAUUUGAAUAUAGCCAGAGAGAAUGCUGGCACCUGAGAAAUGGAUCAUCUUUUUGUAGAGCAACCAGGAGGCCAGUGUUAUCAAAGGGAAUAGUUCACUGGCUGGGCUAUGGGAAAGAAGAUAUUCCAAAAUGAAUGGUGUGAAAGCAAAAGGCAUCAAUAAAAAUAUCAAAAAUUAUUCAAAAAAAAAAAAAAAGAAACUGUCCAGGUGGAGACAUCCAAGUGGAUUCAAGGGACAAGAAGAGCUGAGCACAGAGAUCAGGACUAGAGAUUUUGAUUCAAAGGAGAGAUGCUACAGGGGAUUUUUUCAGGCCAGACUAAGCUGCCUGUCCCUUCUCCCAGUCUUGGCAGCCUGUUCAGAGUAGUUAGCACUGGUAUAAUGAGGGCAGAGGGGCACACUGUGUGCCCCCAUCUAUACAACACCUGCUUUACAUGCACCUUUGUUUCCCCACCUUGGCUAUUGAGCAGAAAUGACAAAUCCAUCUUCUUCUUA